AUGGAAGAGUUGCAGAUAUCUCCAGCCGAUCCACGGGGGAGUCCAGGGAAGGAGCAACAGGCUGCUGGAGUUGGUAUUCUUCUCCAGAUCAUGAUGCUUGUUCUCUCCUUUGUCCUUGGUCACGUUCUUCGACGUCACCGGUUCAAUUACCUCCCCGAAGCCAGUGCUUCUCUUUUGAUUGGUUUGAUUGUGGGUGGGCUGGCUAAUAUCUCCAAUACAGAAACUAGUAUUAGGGCAUGGUUCAACUUCCAUGAGGAAUUUUUCUUCUUGUUUUUGUUGCCACCGAUCAUAUUUCAGUCAGGAUUCAGUCUACAACCUAAACCAUUCUUUUCAAACUUUGGCGCCAUUAUCACUUUUGCAAUUCUGGGAACUUUGAUUGCUUCUAUUGUCACUGGCAUUUUGGUUUACCUUGGUGGUGCGAUGUAUCUCAUGUACAAACUUCCAUUUGUCGAAUGUCUGAUGUUUGGUGCUCUCAUAUCAGCUACUGAUCCUGUCACUGUUUUGUCCAUAUUUCAGGAGCUUGGUACAGACGUGAAUCUUUAUGCUUUGGUCUUCGGGGAAUCUGUUUUAAAUGAUGCAAUGGCAAUUUCCUUGUACAGGACAAUGUCAUUGGUGAGGAGCAAUACGGACUCUGGACAAAAUUUUUUCAUGAUCAUUGUCAGAUUUCUUGAGACCUUUGUUGGCUCAAUGUCAGCAGGGGUUGGAGUUGGAUUUACAUCUGCUUUGCUUUUCAAGUAUGCUGGCUUGGAUAUUGACAAUCUUCAGAAUUUGGAAUGCUGUCUGUUUGUACUUUUUCCAUAUUUCUCGUACAUGCUAGCAGAAGGGCUUGGUCUCUCCGGUAUUGUAUCCAUAUUAUUCACUGGAAUAGUCAUGAAGCACUAUUCAUAUUCAAAUUUGUCAGACAAUUCUCAGAAAUUUGUAUCUGCAUUUUUUCAUCUGAUAUCGUCAUUGGCAGAGACAUUUGUAUUUAUAUACAUGGGAUUCGAUAUUGCCAUGGAACAGCACAGCUGGCCAGCACAUCGUCAAAUACCACCGAAACAUCAGAAAGCACUUUGGUACAGUGGACUUCGAGGGGCUAUGGCUUUUGCUCUUGCGUUGCAAUCAGUUCAUGAUCUUCCAGAAGGGCAUGGUCAGACUAUUUUUACUGCCACCACAGCAAUAGUUGUUUUGACGGUCUUGCUGAUAGGAGGAUCAACAGGUACUAUGUUAGAAGCUUUACAAGUUGUCGGUGAUGGUCGUGAUGACUCAUUGAGUGAAGGAUUUGAGGAGAACAAUGGCUAUGUAGCUCCUUCUUAUGAAGAAUCAUCAUCAUCUGGGAACAGAUUCAAGAUGAAACUUAAAGAGUUUCACAAAAGCACCACGUCAUUUACAGCACUAGAUAGGAAUUACCUCACUCCGUUCUUUACAACUCAAAGUGGAGAAGACGAUGAACAUGAUGAGCUUUUUCAUGACUCCAGAAGAGGGAAUUUUUGA